AUGUCUAAACGUAAAGAUAAUUCUGAAUUAUUCUCAAAGGAGAUUCCAGAAUUUACUAAUGAAUAUAGAAUUAAACGUAGAAAUAAUGGACAUAAACAAUACGGAUUUGUAUCUGCAUUCCUAUACGACAAGCGUAUGAAUAAGUUUAUAUUUGAAUCACGCGGGCACAGCAAUUCACAGUACAAAUCUCAAGUCUCCCCUAUUGGAGGAAAGCGAGAAAUGUAUUUUGAGAUUCCGAAGAAAACGAUGGAUGGACUAAAAACAGGAAAUGAGAUUCAGUUAAAAAUAAGCAAAGAGGAUAUCGAGAAAGUAUUCGAUAUACCAGACGGAUUUGAUAUCGAACAUGUUGUUAAAUUAGAGAAAUGGGAUACGAUUACCGGUGAUGAUUUACUAAUCUAUGAUAAACAAUACGAAAUGCUAUACAAACAAGAAGAUAUAUUUUCCGCUAUGUCAAGAGAAGUUUUUGAAGAAACAGGAUUAGAUAUCAAAAAGAUUUCCUGUGAGAUUAAAUACUUUGGGUUUGAUAAAAAGAUUUUUGAAACAGAUGGAAUAGUCACCCAUGUAUUUCUAGUUAUCUUCGAUAGUUAUGAUUUCAUUCCAUAUUCAAAGGAAAGGAAAAAGGGCAAUGAGGUGAUUGCUAUGAAUCUAUAUGAUAUUUUAAAGAAGUUAAAUGAUGACAAGGGCAAAGAAAUAAAACAUUUCACUCCAACGAUUGAGAAUGUAUUCGAAGAAGUAAACAGUUAUUGUAAACCGAUCAGGAAUGAGAUAAUCUUAUUCGGUGGACCAAAUUCUGGGUUAUCGGAAGGAGUCAAGAUAUGCACUGCAUUUUUCAAGAGUAUCGAUCUUGGAGUAUCCAGUACAUUAAUACUACCAGAAUCUUAUCGUAAUCGAAAGGGUUUAGGACCAGGCCACCUCUCGAUCAGAGAUUUAUACCCUGAGCAUUACCAUGCUAGGGAUGAGCCAAGAGAAGCCCAACAGAUGUGGAUCUUGAUGGCUUAUGAUUCUAUUGGUAAACUUCUACGUGGUGAAAUCGAAUCAGAUGUUGGUAACGAACCAAUAGUAAUUUAUGAAAGAAGUCCAGGAUGUGUGAAUACUUUCAAUCGAGCAUAUGGUAUAUCCACAUUUCCAUUAAAUGAUUUGCACAAACCACAUGAUUCAAAUCGACUUGAUAUACAUAUAUCUCCUGAAGAUAAUGAGUAUGCGUUCACAAUGGCUAACGAUCGCAGAUCAUAUUCCUCUGACACACAGAAAGCCUACAAACAAACUUAUGAAUUAUACGAAAAAUACUCACACUUAGAAUACCCUAACAAAGUAAUUGUGAAGAAUGACUUUG